UGAUGAUGGCUUCCGAGCACCAAAUGCCAGCCUCCAAGCAGCAGCAAGCCAGCUCCAAGAUUGCCAUCUUCGAGCAGGAGAACUUCCAGGGCCGCUGCCAUGAGCUCAGCGGGGCCUGCCCCAACCUGAAGGAAGCCGGCGUGGACAAAGUGGGCUCCAUCCUGGUGCACUCCGGACCCUGGGUGGGCUACGAGCAGGCAAGCUGCAAAGGGGAGCAGUUUGUGUUUGAGAAGGGGGAGUACCCCCGCUGGGACUCCUGGACCAACAGCCGGAGAAGCGACAGCAUCACUUCCCUGAGACCCAUCAAAGUGGUGAGAGCACCCAGACAGCCACUACCCACCCGCCAGACCAAGGACAGCCAGGAGCACAAGAUCGUGCUGUACGAAAACCCCAGCUUCACCGGCAAGAAGAUCGAAAUCAUAGACGACGAUGUGCCCAGCUUCCACGCGCACGGCUACCAGGAGAAGGUCUCAUCCGUGCGGGUGCAGAGCGGCACGUGGGUGGGAUACCAAUACCCUGGCUACCGGGGCUACCAGUACCUGUUUGAAAAGGGGGACUACAAGGACAGCUCAGACUUCGGCGCUCAGCACCCCCAGAUCCAGUCGGUCAGGCGCAUCCGGGACAUGCAGUGGCACCAGCGCGGUGCUUACCACCCCACCAACUAAAGCCCCCGGCCCGUGCCGGGGCGCGGGGAGCGGAGCAAGCGUUCCCCCGGCCGCCGCUGAGCCCCCGCGGCCUCGCCUCCCGCCUCCCCCCGUGUGAUGCGCGCGCUGCCGAAGCAACUCAAUAAAGCUUGGAGUU